UCGAAUGUCACAGUUUGAUUUAAUCGACUCAAGCUUCAAACAUGUUCUCCAAGGCACUCAUCCUUGUCCUUUUGGGCGCUACUCUGGUUUUGUCCAGCCCCGCCCACACUCUUGACGACCAGAUCGAACUGAGGUCCAGUUGGAAGGAAAAGAUCAACCAGAUCUGGAACAAAGUCCAGGAGACCGUCAAGAAUAUCUACGACAAGCUGAAGAAGACCUACGACCAGGCCCUUGAGGAGAUCAAGAAGCAGGUCGGCAACGCCGUCGAGCUCGGCAAGGAAGAGUACCAGGAACUGAAGGAGAAGUACGAAGAUCUCCAAGAGAAGGCUAAGGUCGCCAUCGAGCAGGAGAAGAAGAUCUGGAAGGCCCGUAUCGAGGAGCUCAAGCACCAGGGUGCCGAGUCCGUCGACGCUGCCAAGGAAAAGCUCGAGGAGCUGAAGGAGAAGGCUGAGAAGGCCAUCCAGGAACAGAAGGAGAAGUGGCAGGCAAAAUACGAGGAGUGGAAGAAGCAGGUCAAGGAAGCCCUUGAGCACACCAAGGAGCACUAAGCUUUAGUUGUUUAAAUAAUUGUAGCUGGAUUUACUUCCUUUAUUUUUGUA